ACACCAACCGGGGAAAAACGGUCUGACACGAGAUAUAACGGGCGUGGAUACCGACGCGAAGUCACGGGACGACCGCGCACCGGUUCCCACUUUAACGGCCGAGCGCACGAGGACACACCGGCGGCUUGAAACGGCGCCGAAGACGUCAAAAAAGAAGAAGAAGAAGAAAGAAGCGGGGAAAGGGAAACCCUUGGUGACCAGGAGCCGCGCGCGCGGCGGAGCAGAGCUAACCGUCGUUAGCAGCCUGGGAGAGCGCGGCUAGCCGAGCUGUUUGGUAACCCGCCGGCCCAGACACACGUCCGGGUCCACCGCGAACCGGGACCCCCCCCGAAAUCGGAUUUCAAGUAGGGGACCGCGCGCUCUCAACAGCCGGAAGGAAACCGCAAAGUCACCGGCGGUUUGGCAGGAGGCUGGUUCUGGGGGCGAGGCCAAAGGACCAGACUCAAUGAGUUUCCAGCGACAUGUCAGAGAAGUCAGGGCAAAGCACCAAGGCAAAGGAUGGCAAGACAAAGUAUGCAACCCUUAGCCUCUUCAACACCUACAAGGGCAAAUCUCUGGAAACCCAGAAGACUGCAGCUACCAGACAUGGCCUCCAAAGUUUGGGCAAAGUGGCCUCCAGCCGACGCAUGCCCCCUCCGGCCAACCUGCCCAGUCUGAAGGCCGAGAACAAGGGAAACGACCCCAACGUCAACAUCGUGCCCAAAGACGGGAGUGGCUGGGCGUCUCGACCCGAGGGAGGCGAGGAGAGGCAACAGGAGACGCCGCCGCCCCCGGUCAAACCCCCCGUGGUGGUCCCGCCACCAGAGCCUUCUCCCGGGUCCAGCCGCUCCUGGGCCAACAGCAAGCCCACGCCGCCGCCGCCGAAGGGUGUCCCCCGCGUGAGCAGCCAUUUUCAACAGGAGUUUCCCAGCUUGCAGGUGGCUGGUGAGGUGGAGAAAGGGGAGGAGCCAGAAGAGGAGCAUUAUGGACCGGGCCCCAGCCUCAGACCUCAAAAUGUCGGCAGUUGGCGUGAAGGCGGAGGCAGGAAUCUAAUCGCCGCGCCCCCCGAGAUGGACGGCAAGGCGCCGGAGGAGGCCGGCGCGGUCCUCGGUGCCGCCGAGGAGCCCGGACAGAGCGCAGCCGCUGACGGCCAGUUGCCCCCCUCCGCCCCCCCUCAGGCCAAAGUCAACGGCGGGCAGCAGCCUUUUCUCCCUGGGGUGGCGACCAGCUUCGACCCCUCUUUCCGGGGCAUGAUGCCCCCCUACAUGUUCCACGCCUACCCUCAGAUGACUCUGGCCCCGGGGCAGGGGAACCUCAGACCCCCGCAGGACGGAGCAAAGAUGGUCCGGGGUCCUCGUCCAAUCCGGCCCCAGCAGGGCCACAACCAGGCCUUGCUCAAGGACUCGGACCGACCCUCCAUCAUCAGCGCCACGGAGCUCAAGGAGCUGGACAACCUGGACACGGACACCGACGAGGGCUGGGCGGGAGCUCAGAAUGAGGUCGACUACACGGAGAAACUGAACUUCAGCGACGAUGAAGAAAACCAAGCUGCUAAGGAGAAAAGAGAGAACUGGGAGCGGAUGGGUAAAGUGGAGCGCGUGCGACCUCGGCCUCCAGACGGUCAGGAUGGGGCCGAGGACCGUGGUGGCAUCAAGAUCUCCCGGGUCGACGGCGAUCCCAGAGCGCCAUCGCCCGGCAACACGGGGCAGCACAACAAGGCGGCGGCUCCGCAGGACUACCAGGUGAAGCCGGAUGGGGGCAGCCGGUCUGCCGCUGCCGGCGGAGCGCAGCGCGUGAUCAAAAUGCCGGCUGCGGCGGCGCCCGGCGCCGACGAGGACUCCGAUGCCUGGCGGCAGAAACGCAAGAAGCCUCAAGAAGUUUCUGAAGCCGUGGAGCGAGCGCGGCAUCGGAGGGGGGAAGAGGAGCGGCGGAUGGAGGAACAGCGGCUCGCCGGCUGCGCCGAGAAACUGAAGCGUCUCAAUGAGAAAUAUCGGCAGGCGAACGAGGUCAAAGCCGCGCUUCAGCCGCCCGCCGCCAAAGAAGAGGCCGCCGCCCGAGAGGCAGAGGCCUCGCCGGCUCCUCCGCCCGCAGCCGGUCCCGCACCGUCGAUCCCAGUUUCACAAUCGCAAGAACCAAUCGUGGAAGCGCCUCUCCCCGAGAGCGAGGAGAAGACGGAGCGAGUGGAGCCGAGUGUGGAGAUGGAGGUGGAGGAGGAGGUGCACCUGCCUCGCCAGCCCAGCCCCCCCGUCCAGAGGCCGGUGGCCGACGCUCCAGAGCCCCGGAGCGAGGGCGAGAGCCCCUCGGUGGAGGCGGGCCCUCCGAUGGAGGAGAGCCAGGUGGACGGGGCCGCGGCGCCUCUCCGGGACUAUUUCAGCAUGGAGGACGACCGAGUGGACGAGCCCCACCUGCCUCACCUGGACGCCCCCGGUGGCGAGGAGGUCCCCGUGGCGCCGCCACAGCUGGAAGGAGAAGCGGCCGCCGCCAUGCGCCCCUCGCUCACCUCGGGCUACUCCAAACAGUUUCAGAAGUCUCUCCCGCCUCGUUUCCUCCGACAGCAGGAGCAGAUGAAGCAGCAACAAUGGCAGCAGCAGCACCAGAGUGGGGGCUCCGUGUCUCCGUCAGGUGUUGGCGGGGGCAGCGGUGGCAUUCCAGCGCCGCCGCCACAACAACAACAACAACCAACACUACAACAACAGCAGCAGCAGCCGCACCGCUCCAUGUAUCAACCCUUGGGCCCCCACCACCAGCACCUGGCCUCCAUGGGCUUUGACCCCCGCUGGCUCAUGAUGCAGUCCUACAUGGACCCCCGCAUGAUGUCGGGGCGUCCGCCCAUGGACAUGUCCACCAACAUUCAUCCUGGCCGGAUGCCUCCCAAGCAGAUCGUGCGCCGGGAGCCCGGCGACAACUCGAGCUCCAGCUCCGACUCCUUCGACCACCUGAGCCGCCCCGCCCGUGACCACGGCCCGCCGUCGGACUCGCGCGUGGUGUGGGGCUCGGAGCCGUACCCGCAGUCGGAGCCGCUGCCGUCCGUAACUCCUCCGAAAGGACGGGAAGAUAUCAAGGAGCCGAGGAUUGACUCUCCUUUGGAUCUGGACCGGGGUCUCCCAGCCGUGUAUCCCCAGGACCACAGUGCAUUGGACUCUCAUAAAAGUAACUUCUUCCAGGACCCGGCAGAGCCCCUGUCGGCCUUUACCCAGGGCCCAGAGGACCCAUCAGGGCCCUUAGACGGGGCCCCCGUCGGCUCCGCCUUCGAUCUUGAGGAGCCGGGCCUCCCCAGUGGGGAGGAGGUGGAGGCUCUCGGUCAGGCGAUGCUCCAGAGGAGGUUCUCCCAGGGCUCCAGCCACUCAAUCAAGCUGGAGGAGCCCAGGUUUGACGGGCUGUCCCUGGGAGCUCCGUCUCUGGAGCUGCAGGACGCGGGAGAACCGGCGGACGACAAACCCCACAACGACCUCUACCCCCAGGCCGCGGCGACGAGCAACAGGGCGACGCCGCCCGCCGACGGAUUACACAAACAGGAGAAGCUGCCGCUGCCGGCCACCAGCAAGCAGAAAGCCGAGCUGCGCUGGGGCGCCAGAUCGGGCGCCGGACGCAGAGAGGGGCCCGGGGGGGAGAGACCCCUCCGCAGGUCGGGCCCAAUAAAGAAGCCCGUCCUCAGGGACAUGAAAGAAGAGCGAGAGCAACGGGAAGAGCGAGAGAAGCGUCACGAGAGAGGAGACCGAGGAGACAGAGGGGAGCGGUCCAAGAAGGAGCCGUCAUCCAAACCCCCCACCGCGGCCGCCGCCGUGUCCGAGGGCGCCAGACCUCAGAGCGAGGCCAAGAGGGACGCCGCAGAGGCCGAGGAAACGCCGACCGCCCAUCAGAAGGUCAGAGACGCCCAGCCUUCAUCCUCUCAGGUUCCCGCCUCCUCCUCUCAGGAGGAGAAACCCAUGGACAAACCGCCCGGCAGCGACAAACACCCGGAGCCCAAACUGCCCUUGAGGAAAGAGUUCAGUCUGCCUCCACGCUCCUACCGGCGAGACGAGAGGGAGCGGGAGAAGGACGGAGACGGAGACGGGGAUCGAGAGAGAGACAGAGAGAGGGCGGCAGAGCGAGACAGGGAGUGGCCCCUCGACUUGAACUUCAAAGGACGCGGCCGAGGGGAGUAUUACGCCAGAGGGCGGAGCUUCCGGGGGACUUACAGCGGCCGGAACAGGUUGGGCCGCGGUCGAAGCCGGGCGGAGUUCAUCUACCGAGAGCCGCGCUCGCGCUCCGAUUUGCCGACCGUCGGAGGAGCCGCCGCCUUCCGCAACCGAGAGGAGAGCGAGACGCGCAGCGAGAGCUCGGACUUCGAGGUCAUCCCGAAGCGCAGGCGGCGCCGCGGGUCAGACACGGACUCUGAAAGCGAAGGCGGGAGAGAGUCCGCUAGCGAUACCGGACCGUCUGACCGCGAGCCCAGCACCAAGCCGACCCACCCGCUGAGGCGAGAGCUUCCCGGGGAGGCCCGGCCGGGGCCCCACAAGCUGGGCUUCGGACCGCCUUACACGGGGGAGCGGGGUGGACCGAGAGGGGAGGACGACGGCAGACCCAGGCCCGGAUUCCUCCAGAAGGGAGAGCCUUCUCGGCGAGGCAGAGGAGGACUGUACAGUCGACGGGGCGGAGCGAGGGAGCGCGGCGGCCCUCGCCCGGGCCCUCUGAGGCGGCCCGGAGCCAGAGAAUCCUCUUCUCAGUGGCCCUCUAAACCCAUGGAGACCUUCAGGCCCGAGGACGCCGAGUCUACGUCGAGAUACGACAACCCCGCGGCCGACCGGCGGUACCCGAGGUCCGACGGCAGGAGAUUCGGAGACGUGGCUCCCCAGAGCAGCAGAGAGAGGCCUCGCCGCUCCAGACCGGCGCGGCCCCCGAGGCAAGACAAACCCCCCAGGUUCAGGCGCUUGAAGGAGCUGGAGGCCGCCGUGUUGGCCGGUGGAGAAGCGGCCCCCGGUCCCCCCGGCCCUCUGCUCCCAGGGUCCGCAGCCGCCCCGGCCCAAAGCGCUCGCUCCCCGACCCGGUCCAGAACUCGCGCUCCGGCUCGAGUGGCGGCCGCCACGUCGGCCACCGACCUGUCCUCUCCGACGGACGCGGCCUCGCCCGACACCGGCAGCCCCGCCGCCGCCGCGGUCGGUACCAAGUCCCCCGACUUGUCCAACCAGAACUCUUCGGACCAAGCCAACGAGGAGUGGGAGACGGCGUCCGAGAGCAGCGACUUCAACGAGAGGCGAGAGCGCGAGGAAAGGAAAGGAGCGCUGGAGGCUGCCAACGAAGCGGCGGCCGCCGCCUCGGCCCCCGCGCCCCCCCAGGGCUCUUUGACCUCCAACAACAGCCCCGCCGACGGGGGGGCGAGUCCCAGACGCGAGGGGGGGGCGAGUCCCAGACGCGAGGGGGGGGCUCCCGCCGCCAAGAGGAGCUUCUCGAGUCAGAGGCCCAUCGAGAGACAGAACCGCAGAGGCAACAGCGGAGCCAAGCCGGCCCGCGGCUACGCCGGAGUCAAGGGGGAGAGGAGGGGCGGAGCCAAAACCGGCCACAAAGGACCCGCGGCCCCGCAGAGCUUAGAAGGCGGAGCGCAGAGCGCAGGAGGAGCAUCUCAGAGGCCCCCGAAGGACCAGGCCGGCCGGCGCAAAGAGGAGGCCAAACAGGCCGCCAAGAAGCCCAAAGAGAACGCGCUCUCUCAGUUUGAUCUCAACAAUUACGCCAGCGUUGUGAUCAUCGAUGACCACCCGGAGGUCACCACCACAGAUGACCCCCAGUCCAACGCCACCGACGACGGCUUCACGGAGGUCGUCUCCCGCAAGCAACAGAAGCGCCUGCAGGACGAAGAGAAGCGGAAAAAGGAAGAGCAGACUCCUCAGAACUGGAGUAAAAAAGUCUCUGGUGAGAAGGGCAGAGGAGGCGGAGGGAAGCUGGCACCCAGAUUUGCUAAAAAGCAGCCAUCACAACAGCAACAACAACAGCAGCACCAACAACAACCACAGCAGCAACAACCACAGCAGCAGCAACAACAGCACCAACAACAACCGCAGCAGCAGCAACAGCAGCAGCAUCAACAACAACCACAGCAACAACAGCAGCAGCAACAACAACAACCACAGCAGCAACAACAACAACCACAGCAGCAACAACCACAGCAGCAACAACAACAGCAACAACAGCAGCAGCAACAACAACCACAGCAGCAACAACAACCACAGCAGCAACAACAACCACAGCAGCAACAACAACCACAGCAGCAGCAACAACAACAACAGCAGCACCAACAACAACCACAGCAGCAACAACAACCACAGCAGCAACACCAGCCAUCUCAGCCUCCUGCGGUCCCUCCACCUCAGGCCCAACCUCAACCCCUCCUCUCUGCCACCCAGCAUCCUCACCUCGCCCCCUCCCAGCCCACCGCACCGACUCCCGAAGGAACCGCGCCGCCGCCGCCGCCCUCCGUCCCCGCCGCCGCCGACUUCCCCUCAAAGGGUUUGCUGCCCACGCCCGCGCAGACGGCGCACGACACUCUGGGGACCGAGCUGUGGGAGAGCAAGGCGGCGGCGGGCUCCACCGUCCUCCCCGAUGUCAAGAAGCUCGGUCCGAUCAACCCCCCCCAGCCCCCUUCUGUGAGCGCCUGGAGCAAACCGCUCACCUCCUUCACCGGCACCGCCGCAGAGGGCGCGAAGCCCGGGUCGGAGGGCGGGGCGGAGCCGGUCACGGACAUCAUUCAGUUCGGAGCGCCGUCGUCAGCGGGCAGCACCGACAGCGACGGAGUCCCGGCGCUGAUGGAAAUCGUCUCCGACAACAAGCUGCCCGCUCCCAAAGAACAGAGGCAGAAGCAGCCGCGGGCCGGCCCGAUCAAAACGCAGAAGCUUCCUGAAACGGAGCCGGUGGAAACGAAGGAGUACAAGCCCGGCCCCAUCGGCAAAGAGCGCUCGCUGAAGAACCGCAAGGCCAAAGACGCUCGCGUGGGAGACGGCGACGGGAUGGAGGGAGGCGUCGCCGGCGGCGGUGGCGUCAGCAGAGCCUCGGACUCCAGUCCGCCCAUCAUCGACGCCGCGGUGCCGGAGCUGGGAGGAGACAUCGAGGGCAUGAUCACGAUCCCCUCGGCCGAGUACAACAGCAACUCUAAGGAGUCGGUCACAGACUACACCACGCCCUCCUCCUCGCUGGCCGACAGUGUUCCAACAGGAGCGAACAAAAUAGAAGAGAGUUUGGUGGCCAACGUGGCGCUUCCUCACUCGCUGCCCCUUCCUCGGCGAGAGACCCUGCAGCAGAGCUCCGGCCUCAGCACCGUCUCCCCUGCCACCGUCGACCUGACGCUGAAGAUGGAGUCGGCCCGUAAGGCGUGGGAGAACUCCCCGCUUCUGGAGAAGAACUCGCCGGUGACCUCCUCGUCCUCCCCCAUCGCCCCCGGGGCGUCCUCGUACUCCACCUUCUCCUCCGCCUCCAUGCCGCAGAUCCCCGUGGCCUCCGUCACCCCCAGCACCUCCCUGUCAGGCGCCGGCACCUACACGACGUCGUCCCUCGGCACCAAGACCACCGCGGCCUCCGACCCCCCGAACAUCUGCAAGGUGAAGCCCCAGCAGCUGCAGGGCGGCAGCCUGUCGUCGUCCUCCAGCAGCAGCAGCAGCAGCUUCUCCCAGCUGGGCUGCAUGCCCGCCCUGCUGCCCCCGCAGCAGCAGCAGCAGAGCCCACAGGUGUACGUCUCUCAGUCGGCAGCAGGUUCUGCAGCUCAGAUUCCGGCCUUCUACAUGGACACUAGCCACCUCUUCAGCACCCCCCACCCUCGCUUGGCUCCUCCCUCCAUGGCGCAGCAGCAGGGCUUCCAGCCCGGCAUCUCGCAGCCGACGGCGGUGCAGCAGAUGCCCAUCCCUCUCUACGCGCCACUGCAAGGACAGCACCAGCACCAUCAGCAUCAGCACCAUCAGCACCAUCACCAGGCUCAGCUGGGACUCGGCGCCGGCCCCCCCGUCUCCCAGCAGCAGGACCUCUUCAGCUCCUCGCUGCAGCCUUACCGGUCUCAGCAGGCGUUCAUGCAGAGCAGCCUGUCGCAGCCAUCCAUGAUGCUGUCGGGCCCGUCGCUGCACAGCUACGCCGGCGUCCAGGCGUCGGAGCUCGGCAAGCCCCAGUCCGGCCUGGCCUACCAGCAGGCCUCCUCCGCGCAGCACAUCCCCAUCCUGUUCGAGCCGCAGCUCAACCAGCCCUCUGGCAUGGGAGGCUCCCAGCUCAUCGACACGCACCUGCUGCAGGUAACCAGUCUGCACAAAGGAACGGUCCCACUCGGCCUCAUGGCCCGACAGGGCAUGAGUCAGCAUUCCAACAUGUACUCGGGGCAGGUGCAGCAACACGGCCAGAGCAGCUACUACAGCAACACCCAGUCGCCCAGCUCUGCCAUGCAACAGAUGACGGUGUCGAUGCCCAGCUCCCAGCUGUCCCUGUCCAACUACGGCUCGGGUGGAGGCCAGCCCCUCCUGGCGCUGCCCCCCACCCCCCCUCAGGUCCAGCCCCCCAACAUCAACCGGCAGCCCCCGAUCUCCCAGCCGUACCGCGGCCUCAUGAACCCCGGCCACAGCAUGAUGCAGCCGCCCACCAGCAAGAUGGACAUGGACAUGAAGCUCUUCGGCGGUGGGAUGGAUGUGAAGCCCGGUACCCCCCCCAUCGGCGCCAGGAGCACCACACCCACCUCCAGCCACUACAGAGCGAGCUCCACGUCUCCGAGCAGCCAGUCCAGUAAGAUCAACAGCAUGCUGUACCAGAAGCAGUUCCAGGCCAGCGCCGCCAGCAUGAGGAUGGCGCAGCACUUCCCCGGCCAGUUCAACCCGCAGAUUCUGUCUCAGCCCAACAUCGUGUCCCCUCUGGUUCGACCUCCUCACAUCAACUCGUUCGCCGGAGGCGUCCAGCGCUCUGCCAUGGGGCCCCCAAUGUUGCCCAAUGUGGGCGGAGGCCUCAUGCCCCACCCCCGACCGCAGCACAGCCAGCACCCUCCACGAGGACCGCCUGUCCCCUCGCUCACGCCCAGAGGCACACCGCACCUGGCGAUGAAGGCCGAGCAGGACCUGAAGGCGAAGCAGCGGGUCGAGGUGCUGCAGGCCACCCAUAAGUUCUUCUCGGAGCAGCAGCAGAUCAAGGCGGAUCAGCUCAGCAAGGCGGCGCGGCUCGAGCAGGGCGGGAAGCCCCCCCUCGACGCCCUCGCCCCCAACCACCACCAGGCGCCGUUGGGCCCGGACCCCGACAAACCCCCCGGCUCCACGUCCAAGCCCGUCCGGACCGGCCCCAUCAAACCGCAGGCCGUCAAGCCGGAAGAGGGCAAGUAACGAGCGGCGGGGGAACCCGGAGCCUCCUUCAGAUGACAAUGUACGAACGGAAGAGAGGAUCGAGCCCCCAGCCCUGGAGGGGGGGGGGGGUGAGUUGAUGGAGGCGCCGUCCCGCCCCCAAACGUGAUCCUCCUCCUCCCCUCCCCCCACCGCUGUAAGGGGGCGGCGUUUUGAGUUGGAUUCUUCCAUCGCGCUCAGAAGCCGAUUUAAAAAUGGCCGCACAAGUCGUUCCACAGAAAAUCGACUGACGGUAGAAAAGACGAGAGUAGAGUCGAAAAUGAGAUUUGCUGCUGAGUUUGCCAUUUUUAUUUUAUUUCUUUAAAAAAAACUGUGUAUAUAUAUACGCAUAUAUAUAGUUCUUGCUUUCUGCUUCCCUUUUUUUAUUUCAUUUUUCUUUUCUUAUUUUCUUACCCAGAUAGGAUCACGCAUAUUAUAGGAGUGUUUUUUUGUGGGUAAACUAAAGAAUCCGAAACUGUCUCAUUUUUUUUGCGAAGCCCACUUUUUUUGUCGCCCGAUCUCGUAACCGGUCCAGCGCUCCGUCGCCACGCGCCCGCGUCUCGAGACGUGAACUCCGAAAGUUUGUGUCUUUUUGUUUUUUGUUUUUACCAGGAUGAAAAUGUGAAAGAAAAAAAAAAAUAUUACAGCAGCUGAUUGGAAUGAAUGAUUUUUUGAUUUAUCGAUAAGUCAGUGAACCUUCGCUCCUGCCGUCUGCUCAUCUCCUCGCCUGAGUUACUGAUGCGUUGGGGUGUGUGUGUGUGGGUUUGUUCGUGGUAUCGAGUGGGGCCACGCACUCGUAGCUGGACUCUCCUGUCUUUAGCCAAAGGUUCAGCAACGCAGAGAAGACGGCACGGCCUUUUUGGGGGGAUUUGAGGAGCUUUGAUUGGACUUUACAGGAUCACUACAUGCACACACACACUUCACUGCUUCACACACCGACGUGUGCACACACACACACACGCUCACACACACGUCACUGUAAAGCACCCAGACCUGCUGCUAUUGACUGAUUUCAGUGCCCUUAGCUCGAGUAAAGCUGCAGGAUAGGGCUAUUUUAGAGGAGUUGAUGGUUGAAAUGGUAGAGAACUCGUGUGUGUGUCAACCCUCACGAUGACGGAGGAGAAGAAGAAAAGACAAAGCCUCAAGUUCAAACGCGUUUUUAAGCCGAAGGACACUUAUUGUUUCGUUGUCUUUACUGAUGAGAGCAAUUGGCGCCGUUUUCUGUCCUCACCUCCGCUGGCUCCGCCCACCACGCGGUCAUCUCGGGGGGGGUCGUGGUUGACAAGGGGGGCCCCUACAGAAAUGUACAGUAGUGAGUCCAUGGAGGAUGGAAGAGGGAGGGAGGGGAUUGAUUCUUUUUUCUGUUGAACUUGUACAGGGGUUUCAUCGCUGUAUUAAAAUAUGUACGGUCUUAUUUACAUUCUCUUGGUUUGGUUACAGAAACUAAUAAAAUAAUAUACUGUU